AUGCACCAGUUAGGAGUUUUCUGGUUUCUUUUCAAAGUUUUUCUCCUAAACUCUGUCCAAGGGCUUUUGCAGUUAUCAAGGCUAAGACCCUCCCCCUCGAUUUCGCAAUUCGGCCCUUUCCCACACACCAAAGCCCGCGCCGCGUCAGGAGUCUUUUUCACCCCCGCUAUCGAAGGCGGGGACUCGGGUGGUGUUGGCAGCCAGCUAACACAGGGGCGAAGCGGCGGCGGGCCGCGCCUCCCAGUCCCGCAUCCGGCGCGGUGGGUGUGCCCGCAGGGUGUGCACCCCGAGUCCUGGCCGAUCUCCCCGGCCAGAGGGCGCCUGGAGGCUGUGCGCGCCCCGGACAACCAGGGUGCGCCAGAGCGGGGUGCGCGCCCGGGACGCGGACCUGCACCCAGAGGCUGCGUGCGCCCCGAAGCCAGGGUGGGCGCCCCGCCGCGGGGCCCCAGGCACAGUGAGUCGCCUCCCACCGUACUUCCGCGGCUAGCCAAGAACUCUCCAGGAAUCUUACAGACUGAGCGAAUGAAGAGUGCCUGAGAGGCGGAGAGUCACAUUCCCUAAGAUGGAGAAGACAGAUGG